UGGGGUGGUAAGAAGUGGGAAACUAGGAAAGAGUCCCUCCCUGGGUGUGUUGUCGCUUUUGUCACAGCCAUGAAAGACGUUUCUGCUGUCUUCUAGCUGCCAGGCGACUUCGGUCCUAUCGGUGACCUGUACCAGGAGCUGAGCCAAUUUCCUUCGGUAGUUUAUGCCAGUGUAGGAGUUGGAUUUGCUGCUUUUGGCGGUGCCGAGUGCCUGCCUCUCUACACGGGUGAGCCAAUUGCAAGGCUGGUCUUUGCUCUCCCGAUCCCCACUUCAAAAUAACGUGUUGUGUGGGCAAAUAACCACCAGAGGUUGGGCUGAGUGAUGAGUGGCGUGCAGUUUCCCGUCCCGGCCUGCUUUCUGCAUGCUUCAUCACGGCCUUUUUGAGAAACGCACGUAUGGACUUGAAGUACUUAACAUUUUGUUAAGUGACUUCAGGCCACGCAGUCUAAACGAAUAAACCUAAUGAUUAGCAGUGUAGCUGUGCAGCAACAUUUCUAGUACACUUUAAUAUGCUGAAGAAUAAGUGAGGCUCCCACUUUGAUAACUAACUUAAGUAAAUGCUAAGGGAGAACGGUUUGGUUUAGUUUUUUGGUGGAGGGAGAAUCAGAGGUGCAAAUUUGGUAUGUGUGGGGAUUAUAAUGUUUGUGUGUGGUGUUGGAAUCUGAUUUUAAAUAACAAGAGAGCAAGAAAAAGGCCAUACUAAUCUUUGCUGUUAGUCAGCUAUUUUAAAAGCAAAUAUUUACAUGCAGUCUUCCCUGCUUUGUGCAUCCCCAGAGGCUGAAUUUCAGACCAGGUAGUGCUGGUUAAACAUGGGGCUCUAACAGCCUCCCAUCUGAACUGUGCCAUAGACACUUGAUGACCGAAGACAGCCAGUGCUGUGUACCUCUUAUCUGCUGCUGAGAAAAAAUAUUGGAUUGUCCUCCCUGUCCCUUGCCUGUUCCAUAACUGGGAUUAUAGAUGUCAUUGAGGCAUGUUGCCUUUUAACAACCUGCAUCUUUUGGGACCUGGUGUUAGUGGAGGAGAUGGCCCAGUCUUGCAUAAACUCACACGUCUAUUAUAAUCAUAUGCACUGCAAAUAGCUGACUUGACUGUGUUAAAAUAACACUAUCCCAACCCAAACAUCUCAGCUUUGCUGUUAGUUCCAAGCUAAAAGAUGCUGUGUAAUUUAUAAAAAGAAAAACAAUUAUCACAUAUGCUGAAAGCAAAAAAAUGUGGCUGCCCCCUGUGUAUAAUGACAGGUUAAGAGCCAAAUAUUAAACAAAAGUAUGGAUGGAGUCUCCAUGGCCAGAAAAAAUAACAUGAUAUCAGGCCUUGCACCAUUUCAUGCAAACUGGCCAGUUUAAAAAACAACAACAAAACCCUGAAGGUUAGAAAAUACACAUUAUGGGGGAAAGGGCUAUCGGCUCCAGAAGACGGCAUUGAAUCCAGUCCAGGGUGUCCAAUGCCAGAAUCAUGAAGGUUGUUUGAUGCUCUCUUUAGGCUGCAAACAUACUUGGGUAGUGGUGCCAGCCUGACCUGGGGCGCCAUCAGAAGCUGCAGUUCAGUCGCCAAUAUAUCCUGCACCAUGAUGGCACAGCAGUUGUCCCAGUUACUCCUGUUGGCGUUCCAGUUGAGAUCCGAGACCAACUGCUGAUCAGAAUGUCACCUACUGGGAUGCGCAAGGCUGUUCUCACCCAUCACUUGGAAAUGGGGCAGAAACAAGAAGUGCUGGAGCAGGUCUGGAGCAACAGUGGGAGGGUAAGAAGCAUCAAUCUCACAGCACUGGAUAAGCAUGGCAGAGUAUACACAGAUGGGCAGUUUGGGUGUUUUGCCUGGUCCAGCUCAGAAACACAGAUACUAUAUGUUGCGGAAAGAAGACACCCCAAAAGGCAGCCACUUUUCUCUCAAGACAGCCCCCCACAAGAAGGAGAGAAACCAGUUGAAGCAAGAAAGGAUGAGCAGUUUUUAUACUAUGACAAUUGGGGAGAGGCGCUAAGUGAUAAGAGCUUCCCUGUUUUGUGUGUGCUGAACAUUGAAACCAGUAAAGUUUCAGUGCUAGAGGGCAUCCCAGAACACAUCUCCCCUGGGCAGGCCCUGUGGUCCCCAGAUGACAAGGGUAUCGUGUUUGUGGGCUGGUGGCACGAGCCCUUCAGACUAGGUUUGAAUGCUUGCUCCAACAGAAGGUCAGCCCUAUUUCUCUUGGAUCCCUCUGGAAGUAGCUGUGAGCUACUAUCCUCAGAUUCCCAGGCUAUCUCCUCUCCCAGGCUCAGCCCUGACAGAACUCACCUGGUAUACCUGGAGGGUCCAGUAUUUGGUCCUCAUCGCCAGUGCCUGAAGCUACAGAUGCUCAGUUGGCAAACAAAGCUCACAUCUACAGUGGUGGAUAUAGUCAGGACUGCCACAACUGGUUUUUUCGGGAUUUACUCAGGGGCACUGCCUCUGCAUUGCUGGGCUGGUGACAACCAUAGAGUCCUGCUUAGCACUCCUCAGAGGAGUAGAAAGGAGCUGCUUGUUGUGGAUACCAAAUUGGGGAGUGUUAAGUGUAUUACAGCAGGUACACCAGAAGGUAGCUGGACUCUUUUGGGAAUUCAACAGGAUUUGCUGGUAAUGAGCUGUUCAUCUCCCAAUUGCCCUCCAAGCCUGGUGGUGGGUGUGCUUCCCCCUGCAGGGAGUGAGCUGGAACUGCAGUGGACAAGUGUCGAGAAAGCCUCUGUACUGCCAGAUACGGAAUGGAAAACCCUCACAGUGCAUCCUACUGUGACUGUGGAGGGCAACCAUGAUGCUGGUCAGGCAUUUGAAGCCCUCUUGCUGAGUCCUCAAGAGAGCAAACGAGGAGAAAAUAUCUUUCCUCUUGUUGUUUCUCCACAUGGUGGCCCACAUGCAGUCUUUGAUGCUUGUUGGUGUCCAAAAAUGGCAUGUCUCUGCCAGUUGGGAUUUGCUGUGCUCAUGGUGAAUUACAGAGGCUCCCUGGGCUUUGGGCAGGCCAGCAUCGAAUCUCUGAUUUCCCAUGUGGGAGUGCAAGAUGUAGAAGAUACUCAGCUGGCAGUGGAAUUGGCACUGCAGAUGGAGCCCCUGGACCCAGAUAGAAUCGCCUUGCUGGGAGGCUCUCAUGGUGGCUUUGUCUGUUGCCAUCUGAUUGGCCGGUACCCAGAGAUGUACAAAGCCUGUGCAGUCAGGAGCCCUGUCAUCAACAUGGCCACUCUGCUGGGAACCUCUGACAUCCCUGACUGGCGAUAUGCAGUUCUAGGUCUGCCAUACUGUUUUGAAAGAAUUCCCACUAAGGAAGAUCUGGCUGCCAUGCUGCUUUGUUCCCCCAUAAUUCAUGCUGCAAAGGUGCGUACACCAUUACUGAUAUGUGUGGGUGCCAAGGACCGGCGAGUGUCUCCGUACCAAGCUAUGGAAUAUUAUCGUGUUCUGCGAGCCAGAGAGAUCCCUGUGAAGCUACUAUGGUAUCCAGAAGAGAAUCAUGCUAUAAGUGGAGUAGAGGCUGGAGCAGCAGUCUUUUUGAACUGUGCACAGUGGAUGAUACAUCACCUUUCUAAGGAAUCCGCAGAUGCUGAAAGUCAGCAGGCAGCUAAAACAUCAGAGGUCUAAAAUGCUGAGAAGCAACCAGUCUGUGGAGAUACAUCACUUGCUGCAUGAAGAUUACCAGAUAGAAUAGAUCCUAAUUUUAUAUCCCUGACAGGACUCUCUUUUUCCUCAGCAUGUUCUUGGUUCUAAAAGAUGGAGCUGUGCUGCUGGUACUUAGAAAGCUGCCUUAUACUGAGUCAGACCAUUGGUUCAUUCAGCUCAGUGUUGUAUUUACUGACUGACAGCAGCUCUCCAGGGUUUCAGACUGGAGACAUUUCCAGCCCUAGCUGGUGAUACUAUGAAUUGAGCCUGAGACCUUCUGCGUGCAAGGCUAUGAUGCAGGUCCUUUUGGGAAGAUCUAGAGCACACAGUACAACUGUGUAAUUGAACUUUAUCCUGGUGGCAAAGCUGACUUCUAAGAAUUUGUAUUGCAUCUUGUAACUUCUGCCAUAGGGCUCUGCUGGGCACUGUCUUCAGCCAAGGCAAUUUGAAUAGUCUUUUGGUUUGUUUAUUUACAGGAUACCAGAUUUUGGAAUAACAGGUUCGGGAUCGGGGAGGAGGGGUUGCUGUGGUCUAUAGGAGCUCCAUCUCCCUCUGCAAGCACCCUGUCCAUGUGACCACUGGUCUGGAGUGUUUGCACCUUGUGUUGGGUCAGCGGGACAGACUGGGGAUUCUGUUGGUGUACUGCCCACCCCGCUGCCCAACAGACUUCCUAGCUGAGCUGACGGAGGUGGUCUUGGGUGUACUGUUGAGAUCCCCCAGACUGUUUGUUCUGGGGGAUGUCAACAUCCAUGCCGAGGCCACCUUAUCCGAGGCGGCUCAGGAUUUCAUGGUCUCCAUGACAACCAUGCGACUGUCCCAAUAUGCCAUUGGCCCAACACAUGUAGCAGGGCAUACUCCAGACAUGGAGAUGGUGGUCUGAAUGUGGGGGGCCUUACAUCAGUCCCUCUGUCAUGGACAGAUCACUGCUUGCUGAAGUUUAGACCUACAGCGGCUUUUCCCCUCUGCAAGGGUGGGGGACCUAUUAAGUUGGUCCUCCCCCAGAGACUAAUGGAUCCGGAUGGUUUCCAAAGGGCUCUGGGGAGUUUUCCGGCUGAUAGGGCUGGCACUCCUGUUGAAACCCUGGUUGAACUGUGGAAUACAGAAAUGACCUGGGCAGUUGACAUGAUUUCUCCAUGGUAUACCCCAGAGCUGAGAGCAAUGAAACAAUAUAGGAGACAGCUUGAGUGCAGAUGGAGACGAACUCCUGGUGGAUGCAAUUACACAUGGUAAGUGCCUAUGAUAAGCUGUAUUUAGGGGCAGUGAGGGCAGCAAAAAAACAAUAUUUUGCGGCCACUAUCAAAUCAUUAAUCUGCCGCGCAGCGGAGCUCUUCAGAGUUGUCCGGGGGCUAUUACACGCUGGCCCCAAGGACAUGGUAGAACCAUCUGAGGUCCACUAUAAUGAAUUUGCUAGGCACUUCCAGGGUAAAAUCUUUAGCAUCCACCAGGACUUAGACUCCAGUGUUAUAGCAGGUGAAUCAAGCAGGGUAUCCAGAGCACAGCCUUGUCCCGAUUUCUUGAAUGAGUUUCAGUUGAUACAGCUUGAGGACAUUGACAAGGUGCUUGGACAGGUUCGUGCAAGCACUUCUGUGCUUGAUCCUUGCCCUUCUUGGCUAAUAAAAGCUAGCAGGGAUGGAACAUCCGGCUGGGCCAGGAAAGUGAUUAAUGCCUCUCUGCAAGAUGGGGGUGGUCCCUAGCUGCCUGAAAGAGGCGUUAGUGAGACCACUCCUGAAGAGAACCCUCCCUGGACCCAGAAAAUCUUAAUAACUAUAGGCUGGUAGCAAAUGUUCCAUUCCUGGGCAAGGUCCUUGAACGAGUGGUGGCAGGACAGCUCCAGACACUCUUGGAUGAGACCGAUUAUCUGGAUCCAUUUCAGUCGGGUUUCAGGCCUGGUUUUGGCACGGAAACAGCCUUGGUCACCUUGUGUGAUGACCUCUGUCAGGAGAGAGUCAGGGGGAGUAUGACUGUGUUGAUUCUCCUUGAUCUCUCAGCGGUUUUCGAUACCAUCGAACAUGGUAUCCUUCUGGGAAGACUGGCUGAGUUGGGAGUGGGAGGGACUGCAUGGCAGUGGUUUUGCUCCUGCUUGGCAGGUUGCCUCCAGAAAGUGGUGCUUGGGGAACAUUGCUCGGCACCCUGGACUCUCCAGUAUGGGGUUCCGCAGGGGUCAGUUCUGUCCCCCAUGCUGUUCAACAUCUACAUGAAACCGUUGGAUGCGGUCAUCCAGAGCUUUGGAGUGCGUUGCUAUCAGUAAGCUGAUGACAUGCAGCUCUAUUUCUCCUUUUCAUCUUCUUCAGGUGAGGCUGUCAAUGUGCUAAACCAGUGCCAGGCUGUGACAAUGGACUGGAUGAGGGCUGAGGCUCAAUCCAGACAAGACUGAGAUGCUGCUAGUGGGUGGUUCUUCUGACUAGAUGGUGGAUGUCCAACCUGUCCUGGAUGGGGUUGCACUCCCCCUGAAUAAGCAGGUUCGUAGCUUGGGGGUUCUUCUAGAACCAUCUCUGUCACUUGAGGCUCAGGUAGCCUUGGUGGCAAGGAGUGCCUUCUACCAACUUCAGUUGGUGGCCCAGCUACGCCCCUAUCUGGACAGGGAUAACCUGGCUUCAGUUGUCCAUGCUCUGGUAACCUCCAAGCUAGAUUACUGCAAUGCACUCUACGUGAGGCUGCCUUUGAAGACAGUUUAGAAACUGCAGCUUGUGCAAAAUGCAGCGGCCAGAUUGGUAACAGGGACCAGAAGGUUCGAACAUAUAAAACAGAUUCUGGCCCGCUUGCAUUGGCUGCCUGUAUGUUUCCGAGCUUGAUUCAGGGUGCUGGUUUCAACUUAUAAAGCCUUACAUGGCUUGGGACCACAAUACCUGAUGGAACGCCUCUCCCGACACGAACCCAUCCAUACACUACGUUCAAGAUCAAAGGCCCUCCUCUGGGUGCCUACUCUGAGGGAAGCUGGGAGGCUAGCAACAAGGGAGAGGGCCUUCUCAGUGGUGGCCCCCAAAUUAUGGAAUGAUUUUCCUGAUGAGGUGCGCCUGGCACCAACACUGUUAUUUUUUUGGUGUGAGGUCAAGACUUUCCUCUUCUCCCAGGCAUUUUAGUAUGUGUUUUUAAAUUGCUUUUUAAAAAUGUGUUUUCAAAUUUGUAUAUUUGUUUUUAAUGUUUUUAAUUGUUGUAAACCUCC